AUGAUAAGAGACAGUGGCAUUGUUCGCGCACAUCCUGGAGUGGAUUUAAAACAUCUACCGAGAGCCCCAGAUUGCAAGCAGCCGCUAGUACAACUAUCGUCACGACCCGAAGAAGUGAACUUCGGCAACACUUCGACCACGGAAGGCUCUUCUUAUUCUGUGUUUAGCAGCCUUCAACAGCCCACCAUCGGCUCACUCUUACUCGUCGCUGACGGCCAGAACCACGGCGUAUUCCGGAAAGCCACAAGCGGUGGGGUCAUUCAUAUCAACAACUCGAAGUAUGUGAUGACUGCUGGUCACGCUUUUGUCAGCCAGCCAGAAGCAUCGACAACCAACCUCAACAACCUCGAUGAUCUAGCCUUCUCGGACAGCGAUGAGAGUUGGGACGAUUCCAGCAGUGUAAAGUCUGACUCCGCGCUUUCAGACCUAGAAUGCGAGUUGGACCUUGACUUGGAUUUGUCAGUCGUAUCACUCAGUGAUAUCGAUGACAAGAUAGAUGAAGAUUCGAAAUCUCUUGGGUUGCACAGCCCAUGUUCUCCCUACGGUCAUACAUUCGUGGGUGAGCUUGCACUAUCGUCCCUUGAUGGCUCGUCGCCAGAGCUUGACUAUGCUCUGAUCAGACUACACGGGCAAAGUACAGCGUCGCCGUCUGAAGACUACAAAUUGCCACUAUGCACGCAACCGAACCACCUGGGAAACGAACUCUCCGCACCAGUUGUUGCUUAUACAGCAUCUGGAGGCUGCUUGAAUGGUAUCAUAGCGCCCGGGUCGAGCUUUAUGCGCACACCGAAUGCGUGCAAGUAUCAAGAAGUCUAUCAUGUCGCCCUCGAACAGCCGCUUGCCGACGGCGACUGCGGCUCCUGGGUCUAUGAUGGGGAGACAAAUAAGCUGUAUGGCCAUAUAGUGGCAGGCGCACCAGAGACAGGUCUUGCGUGCGUUGUUCCAGCUUAUCAAAUCUUUGAAGAUAUCGAGAAACUCGUACCUCUCCUCAGCCAGCGAUGCGAGACACGAGAGAGUACAACAGGUUCGUCACAAGCAGAUCAACUCUCACAUGACAGUCAAACACGUGGAGACUAUGAAAACGUCGGUUCGACGAGUGAGAUCCAUGAAGGGAUCUGGCAAGUCCUUUCGGAACCCGAACCAAAGACUGGUCAACUGCAAAACGGAGCUGCAGCUGGACACACGUUAUCGGAAAAUCGCACGCACACAUCCUUCGAGAAAGCAGCAGCGGUCAGCUUCCAGGCAAUUAUGAAGAAGGGGAGACUAGAGGCACUGAGAGAGUGGAGAAAUCGCAUAAAGGAUGGUCGACCUCCACCGUUCAGGGAACAACAAUACGGCCAUUUUCUCGUGCCAGUACCACCGAACGGAAUGAAUCUCGCGUCUUUGCGGUUUGAAAGACUCCUUCACAGUCUUUCAAAUACACCCAUAAGAUGGGAGGAUCCACAACUUCUCGAUGAAGCCCUGCAGCACUUGCCACUGGAACUGUUAUACGAGGAGGCGGAAAAAGAGGCUGAUUCUUUUGAGGCUGUAGCGAGCGAUUUGACUUUGAAGCCUUGCUGGAGCUAUCAGGACUGUGUCAUCAGAGCUCUGAUGCGCUGGUUCAAACGGUCGUUCUUUUCAUGGGUCAGUAAUCCUCCAUGUGAAGUCUGCCACGGUCCUACAACUGCUAUUGGGCUUGCCGCGCCCACAACAGAGGAAGUAUCCCAGGGUGCUCAACAGGUUGAGGUCUACUCUUGCAGGAAUGAGGUAUCUCAUGAUACUGUCCGCUUCCCGCGAUACCAAGAUUCCGCCACCCUUCUUCAAACGCGGAGAGGGCGUGUAGGUGAAUGGGCGAAUGCGUUUGGCUUGCUGUGUCGCGCUCUAGGCUCUCGCGUUCGAUGGGUAUGGAAUGGGGAAGACCACGUUUGGAUCGAAGUAUACUCCGCGCACAGGAAGCGCUGGGUCCAUGUAGACGUCUGUGAGGAGGCCUGGGACAAGCCACUGAUGUACACCGACGGAUGGCAAAGGCGACUCAGUUACUGCAUCGCCUUCUCCACGGAAGGCGCAGUGGACGUCACGUCACGUUACGUGCGGCAAAAUAGACUCGCCGCUCUCAGAACACGAUGUUCUGAGGCGGAAUUGCUGUAUGUGCUUGAAGACAUCACGACCUUGCGGCGCCAGAAUAUGAGCAAGGAGCAUACGGCAAAACUUGAGAAGGAGUGCAAACGUGAGGCCAAGGCCGUGCUAUACGAUUUAAUCACAAGUCUAGUGCAGGAUAUGUGCAAAGACUUUGCUACCUAUUGGUCUGAUGACGCCAAUGCUGGAUCUAGCGACGGCGCCCGCAGUGACCUUGAGUCCAAGGCUCUGGAUGAGAGGGCAGAUAUGAGCAGUGAGUUGUAA